GCACAUUGGAGCUUCUAUUAGGCGGCCAGAGGAGGCUCCGUGGGGGGCGUAGCAACGUCCAUGUGCGCCGCCCAGAAGAGUGGCAAAAGUUGGGGACAAGUCUGACUUAGUUGCUCAACACGGCUGAGCGAAGUCACAUCUCCACGCGUGGACUAAAAGACCUCGAGCUUCCUUUUAUAACACACCGACCACCGCUUUUAAAAAAAGGCCCUGAGAGAGAAAUUAGAAGCAUCCAGCUCCCGGAGACCCCUGAAAUUCUGCAUCCAAACACCCCGAAACAUCAAGUCCAUCAUGGAUUCGCUCAUUUCGCUUCUUUGCCUCGCUGUGGUUGUCUCGGCCUCACAUCCGAUGUGUGAUCCUGUGGAGGUAAGCGACAAUUCCUGGAUCUACGUGAGGGAGAUGCAACUCGGCUGCUGGACCAGCUUCGUGGGACAGGACAAGGCCGAGGUCCACAUCCUGAAGCUCAACUUUGCUGCCACGGACGUCAAGAUGUUCUCUCUGAAGAUGAAUGACGCCAGACCAAUGAACCUGAUCAUCACGUCACGGGACACGGCCUAUGGUCUAUACAAGAUCAAUGCUGGUGUCAACAUUUAUAAAAGCAAUGCCUCAACAUUAGUGUUGCACUCUAACGAGCCUCAUAGCAACGUCCAUCCCAUCGACUUCCCCGGUGAGGACGAGGAGCUGCUGAGGUGGGCGACCCGCAGGUUCGGCGGCGUCACUUCCUUCACCACCGUGGAAAAUCUCAAAGUGCUGCUCUCCAGGCCCACAGAAGGAACAAAAGGUGGUUCUGGAGAAUGCGUGCUCCACAGCGAAGAUCCGUCUGAAAAGCACUUCAUAAAUAUCAAAGCCACGCCCUUGACGUCUUCAUUCAAGUCCUGCUCUCCCCCACCGGAGCCGGAGAAGCAGCAGCUACGCGGCCCCAAUGACGAGGACGCCGCAUCGGAGCUUCAUAUUAUCAAUAUCCCAGAGGAUGCCAAUAUUCGCAACCUGUCUGUUCGCGUGGACACGAGAAAGUCCAGCGUGUUCUUGAGGGGUCCUCGCGGCACCACGUGGACCUUCCUCAACCCGCAGCACACCAAGUUCUGUUCCAACAAUGAGAUUGUGCUGCCCGCCAUGGCCCAUAGAAUUCAGCCCUUGUUUGAGUUGAGCAGUGACCAGGCGGAGGACGUGCAGAAGAAGGCUUUGGAUUAUUUUAAGGCAGACACCUUCACGAGCUACACCGAAAUGAGGCCCGAGGGCUCCCAGUUGUUGCUGGUGCUUGGUCGAGACACCCCAGCAGUAACAGAAACGGUAACAGAAGCUACGUUGUCAACCAGGACGGAGCCUCAUCAGAUGCCUCUGCUGAUGCAGCUCUACACGUCACCUGAUUUUCACUCGCCCCUGGACCCCAAUACCAAGGUGCAGAGUGACAAGAGAAUCUAUGCCGAGAUUUCGGGGCACACUCUGGGUGAUAUCGUCCUGACCAUCAAAGUGAUGAGCUGCUUCGUGCACUCCAAAGGCUCCUGCCCGGUAGUACAGGAGCUCCCCUUCAUACCAGAGUUCUGCUCGUCAAAUUUAUGUCCCACCAGCACACGACUGAGCUUCUCCUUGGAUCAGCUGCAAGAGCUCAGCUCCACCACUUGGGACCUGGAAUGUUCUGUCAAACUGUGCUACAGCGAGAAAUGUGGCGAUGGAGGACGAGUGAAAAGGAACUUGGAGGUUACCCAGCCUUGUCAACAAACGCUCAACACUCCCUGCUUUGAUUUUGGCCUCCCCGGCGUCCUGGGCAUCGCCUUUGGAGGCUUCCUGAUAGGAGUGUUACUAAUUGGAGCGCUGUGGUUUAUCAAAAUAAAAACAGGCUACCCGACUGGAUUGGACAUGGCCUCCUCCCUGUCUUCUGGCUGUCCCUGCUCGGGAGCCAAGCAGCAGCCCUCGUCGUCAAACCCUUCCGCCUCAGAGAACAGCAGCGCUAACGCGAGCAUCGGAAGCACACAGAGCACACCCACCAGCAGCAUGGCGUGAGAUUCGGGCGAGCACAUCACCACCACCAGCGGACACGGAUUUGUCCAAACCCCUUAAAGUUAGUUACAUUUAGUUUUCUUUCACAAAGGGAGAAAACUAAACCCCAUCCAUCCCUUUUAUUUUACUUUUUUUUUUUUUUUUUUUAUUAAAAUUCCUCAUAUUCGAUAUACAAGCCUGGAAUUGAUGCAGUCGGGCUGUUUGUCUUGUCGGCUGGCGGUGUCUAAUGGAUGGCGUGUGACGCUCACCUCUGCGGUCUCCCUUUAAACUGCGGUUUCCAGACAGGAAGUUAAAGAGGGCAAGAGGAAAAGAAAAACAAAUUGGCUUCCAGCAACAGGAAAAACAAACCUUGUCUUCCCCUGAGAGCCAGCCGGAAAUUCACCGCAUUCCUCCACCAAUUGUGACGGUUGCGAUCGCCGGCGCAAUCAAAGUCGGGACGGCGGGAGAUGAAGCGAACGACAGAGAUGGAAAAAGGCUAGCUGACUGCGUCCAAACGGUUAUCGAAACAUCUUAAACACUCCCUGAAAGAUGUAUCUGUCUCCAUAUUUCCCAUCGCCCUUUAUGACAUAUUUGAUGCUAACAACUAAUAGCUCGUAGGCGGGAGAUGAAACAGACCAACAUAGGAAAAACUACUUGUUGCAUCCUAUCUGUUAGUGUUACUACUACUACCUUACCUAAGGAGGUAUUUGUCUCUGUAUUUGUUUCCAUAUUUUCAUUCAUCCAUUUUGAUCAUAUUUCCUGUUGCCCUUUAUAACAAAUUUGCUAACCUAACAGUUCUUAUUUUAGCUAUUUGAGAGAUGGGAAAUGCAGCGAAAAAGCCAACUUGGAAAAGAAAAGCGUUGUUCUACUAGCUGCAUUCAAACAGUUAGCAAAACGUCUAAAUCACUUCCUGAAAGAGAUAUGUCUCCAUAUUUCAUAUUGCCCUUUAUGACAAAUUCGCAAAACGUCAGUUAGGUAGCUAAAGACACACCCUAAAAGCAGGAACUGUCUUUGUAUUUCCUGUCGCCAUCACUAACGGCUCUGAAAUUAGCUUAUACCGCUGAAGGAAAAAAACAUUCAAGGAACACUUACUGAAGGACUCUUGAUGCUCCGAAGGUAGCAAUCUAUUAGGCAACGUUAGGAAAUGUAGCAUUUGUCAGUUAGCGCAACACUGUCUCGGCGAGGACAGAACGUUGAACACUGCCUCAGUCGGCUGCUGGACAGAAGGAUUGGUGUAAAUGUAUGUUAAAGCUCUCUUUUUUUCCACAAUUGCCUGUAUUACAAAAAUGUAUAAAAAUAUAAUUGCAGGCAAUGUAAAAAAAAAAAAAAAAAAAAAAAACGUUAUCAUCGCCUAUUACUGUUACAGCCUGCAAUAUGAUUUUAAUGACUUAUAUUCCCGCUGGUUGCUUUCAACAAUUCACUCUCCCUAACAUGUAACUGAUCAGUGGCAUCCAUAGCAAGACUGCAUUUUGUCACUGUCCAAUGAAAAGCAUGAAUCUACUAUGUUUUUUCCUCUCCUUUUGUUUUGAAAAACCUAGAAAAGUCAUGUUUGUUGUUUUUCCAAAAACAAACAAGUCACAUUGGUUGUGUUUAUGAAAAACAAUGAAGUCAUAUUUUUUAUAUAGAUAUAUAAUGGGGGAAAAAAAAAACAAUAUUUGUCCGGUUUUUGUAAAAAUAAAGAGAACUUUUUUUUCUGAAAAGCUGAUUGUUUAUUUUCCCCCAAUUUUUCUGUCACAUAAGAAAAGUCAUAGAUAAUGUUUCAGGUAAAACAAAAUAAAAAAAAUUUGUUUUGCAGAACAAAAAUUAAAAAGUAAAUAUUUGUGUUUGUCAGAAAUAAAGCUAAUUUCUUCUUUUAAAAACAAGUCAUACUUUUCCCCCCUGAAAAACAGACAAAAGUAAAGACAUUGUUUUCCUCACCAAACCAUGUUCCAAAUAACAAAGAAAACGUUUUUGUAAUUUUAAACGUUUUAGCCGAAAAACAGAGCUGUGUGUUGUUUUUCCCAACAAUAGUCAUGUUUUUUGUUUUGGCUGGAAAAAAAAAAAGUAAUUUGUUGUUUUCCAACAACAAAUGUUAUCAUUCGUUUUUUCCCCAAAACUGAAGAAAACUCAGUCCUUUUAUUUUUCUGAAAAAACAAGCCAUGUUUGUUGCUUUUCCAAAAAGAUGUUUGUUUUUCAGGAAAAUGCAUGAGAUAAUUGGCAUUUUCAUGAAAAACAAAGUUCUAUUUGUCCAGUUUGAAAUCAUUUUUCCCGAAAAAAAACCCAAAACAAACAAAAAAAAAAGAAUAAAGUCAUUGUCAGUCUUUUCAUUGGACAGUGUUGACUAGUUGAAUCUUACCUCAUUUGUAUGCUCUGACUCCCUUAAUUGCGUGUUUUUAUGCUUCUGUAUGUUUUUGUAUGAAAUAUGGAUCAGAGAAGGCCAGUACAAAUCAUCACUUGAGUAUUUGUGCAAUAUGUGGAGGGGCGAUGACAUGGUGUUGUCGCUUUGUUUUUAAUGUUUUAAAAACAGUUUAUGAUUUCCUGCCUUCAUUUUAACCACUUAUAUACGGAGCAAAAUCAUGCUGCUGAGGACAUCAUCACAUCCUGUAUUAAAAUGUAUCAUAGAAGAAUUGCAGGAUUAAUGUAUCCGUCACAAUAUGCCCAGCCCUUGUACGCAAUGUCUACAUCUGUUUUUGUACAACUGUUUGAUAACUACUCUUUUCUCCCUGCAUUUUGAAGAAUUGGGACCAACUCUCAAUGAAGGCACUUACCAAAUGCACAAUGUUUUGUUUUUGUAUAGUUCCUUUUUCUUCAUAGUUACUGUAUACAUUUGACUUGGCACACAAACUGACAAAAGUGACAAAAAAAAGUGUACAUUUAUUGAGACUGCAUUCCAAGGACUGUGUAUUAUGUUGUAUGUGAAGGAAUACACAUUUUUUAAAAAGAAAAUUACCUGAAUAAAGUGAUUAUGACUGAAUUAAAUAUCCUUUUAUACAAAGUCGGUGAUUCAA